AUGCCCUGCUUCAAGGGCAUUGCGGUGAGCAUUCACGCAAAUGGCGCCCCGCUGCCUGAAUACGGCAUGCAGAAGCAGUCGAGAGUUUCCCGCAUCAGUACCUAUAUCCCAGUGCCUCAGCCGAACCUGACGGCAGAUUCGAACAAGCCCGAGCCCGCCAAGUUUGCCAUCUCCAUCACCCUGCUGACUCCUGGCCUUGCGAUUCCGUACUCUGCCCCCAAGCCUUCUGACAGCAACCCGUAUCCCAAGCCUCAGUAUGUGGGCAGCCUCCAACCCGGUUCUGGCCGUGAGCGGCCCAAGUCUGGUGGCAUGGUGAACCCAUAUAUUCCCAUGACGAACUCGGAGAACGAGACGAUUGCCGCCUAUAUUUACUUUGAUGGCCGAGCCAAGGAGGAAGUGGCCACUCUCCUACGACCAGGCGAGGAGACGUGGGUGAAUAGUCGAUGGGUUCAGGUUCCUGAUUCCGAAGGCGGUGGGUUGGCCGAACGGGAGUUCUUAUUCCGCGAGGUUGGCUUGGAGCGUUGGCUUAACGGGCUUGAUCUACAAGGCCAUGAUGCUGCAGAGAAGCUGGAGAAACGCCGCCAAAAGUUUGAAAAGCGAAGGCGGCGACAGACGCUGGUUCAGGAAGCAGGCACUGGCACGGACACCUCUGGUGGCCAGAAGGAUACUUUGCGGUACGGUGCCGACGAUGCUUCACCAAUUGAGGCGGUAUUUGAUUCCGAUUCAUGGUCUGACGAUGACGACGAACCCCCCGAGGCUACGGGCCAGAUCAAGGUGGCCAUGUUCCGAGUCCUGGCCUCUGGUGAAAUAAAAAAGGGCGAAUAUUCCCCUCAGUUUGACGCUCACGACGGCGACGAGGAAACUGGUAACAACGAAAAUGUCGGCGCCGAUGUUGAGCACACCACGAGUUUUGCCAAGCCGAAAACACUCGAUCCCAAGACGAUCAGUACUCAGACGGUGACGGGAAUAGAUGGCCCUGAUAGACCUUAUGCGGUGUUUACCUUCUUUUACAGAGGUGACAGGCAAUUGCAAAAAAUUGGCGUCGUGCAGUCUUCAAAGAACUCUCAAGCCACCCCUGGUUCCGCUAAAAGACGGUCUGGUCAAUUAGACUUCUCCAAUUUAGGCCCCCUUAAGGCUGGCGGGACGGUUGGGUUCUCUGCAUUCCGUGAUCAGACGACCGAAACCUCUAGGCGAAGAAAGGCACGAAAGAAGAGUAACGGAAGUAUUGCUGAAGAUAGUGACGAUGAUGACGACGACGACGAAAGUAAUAACCUUAACAAGAUGGAAGACGAUGACAAAGAUGGCGAAGGGAAGGAAGCUUCUGAGGACUCCAAGUUUGGAGGUGAACUUGCGGAUGGUGUCAAUCGUAUUCGUCUCAAGCGGGCGCAUUCGGCUGAUCCAGACAGCCACUCAACUCCAGAGACCUCUCAACGAGGCCAGGCUGAAGACAGUCCCGUGCCUCAGGUACCGCCAAGCCUUCAACCACCCAGCGUUGUCCAAAGCGGGAGCGAUGUACCCGCAGACGCUCUCAUUGGGAGUCCACUGAAGAAGGCUCGGCCCAGUACGGACGUCACGAACACGGGGGAGAAACUUGGCACGACACAAAGUCUAAGUGCGGCCCUAGAUGCGGCUGUUUCUGUAACGUCUGCGCCAGCUACAACGUCUACAACAACGACAGCACCACCAUCCAAGGUGGUCGAGGAAGAAGAGCUGUGA